AUUCUGUCCUCUUUUCUUUUUCAUUUUUCUUUUCUUCUCUCUGAGAUCACAAUUCCCUGUUUGUCCGUUGGAAGGCCUGCAACUUCUGAGCAGCGCUAAGCUCUCUCUCCGCACACGCUCGCAUUUCCUCUCUCUCGGCGCUUCAAUGGCGUAGCAUGACCGGAAGGCUGCGCGUUUCACACCAUCGGGUAUGAAUCCCACCGCCGCAGACCAACCCCCGCCGCUUCCGCCGGCGCAGCCUCCGCGCUCCUCCUUCAGCUGCGACCGCCACCCGGAGGAGCAGUUCUCCGGGUUCUGCCCGGAAUGCCUCUGCGAACGUCUCACCACCUUAGAUCAUUCGGCUUCUACUAAUAACCCUUCCUCCUCCUCUCGCCGCCCGUCGACGUCCUCCUCCUCUGCCGCCGCUGCUUUCAAAUCCCUCUUUUCUAAACCAUCAGCUUCCUCCGCUGCUCCAUCCCUUCCCCCUCCCCCGCCUAAACCGUCCAAACCCUCCUCAUUCUUCCCCGAGCUCCGCCGUACGAAGUCGUUCUCAGCGUCGAAGAAUGAGGCGUUGGGCUUCUCUACGGCGUCCUUUGAGCCCCAGCGCAGGUCAUGUGACGUAAGGGUCCGUAACACCCUGUGGGGUCUUUUCUCCAUUGAUAACGAAACGAGACCUUCCACCUCCCAAAACCCUCACUGCAGUGAGAAUGCCGGGGAUUUUGUCAAUAGGCCCGUCCUCGAGUCCAAUGAAGAGGAAGAUGAAAAGGAAGUCUCUAACGAACAGGUCUUUUGUGAAAGCAGAAAUGGAAGCGGUGAAAUUGAAGAAAUCACCGAGCUUCCAGAAUCUUCGAGAAGCCAAAAUAGGUUGGGUGGAGUGAUUAAUUCGGAAAUUGCUGAGGAUGAAUGUUUGAAGGAGGACGUAUCAAAGCCGAUGAAGGAUCAUAUAGAUCUCGAUUCCCAGGCUAAAAAGCAUUCAGGCGGAAUGAUGGAAAUAGCGGGAAGCUUCUGGUCAGCAGCGUCGGUCUUCAGCAAAAAAUGGCACAAAUGGAGGCAAAAACAGAAGCAUAAGAAGUCUAACGCUGGUCGAAGCUCCACCACUCUACCUGCAGAAAAGAAACUUUCAAGGCAUUUCCGGGAAACCCAAUCUGAAAUUGCAGACUACGGCUUUGGAAGGAGGUCUUGCGACACAGACCCUCGUUUCUCACUCGAUGCUGGAAGGAUUAGCUUUGAUGACCCCAGAUACUCUUUUGACGAGCCUCGUGCUUCCUGGGAUGGGCAUAUGAUCGGAAAGACCUUCCCCAGGAUUGCUCCUAUGGUCUCUGUCGUAGAGGAUGAUGCUCCUCCAGUGAUAGACAAUGUUUCAUGUACAGCCACUAAAAUCCCAGUUGAGGAUCCAUUUUCUAUCAUGAAGAAUUGCAUCGAUGAAGAAGAUGACACCCUUCCUGGAGGUUCAGCCCAGACUAGGAAUUUCUACGCAGAUUCUUCCUCAAAAAGGAGAAAGAGUCUUGAUAGGUCUGGCUCUGUCAAGAAGCCGGCAGCAGUUUUUUUGGCUGCUGAGAUUUCUGAGAUGAAGGCCGUUUCUAAUGCUAAAGUUUUGCCUGCUGAUAGGGAUUCAAAUUCCAACUCCUUGAGGGAUGAUUGCUCUGAGACUUCUGAAUUGGCAGGUUUUAGAGAUAAUAAUGCUCCAGUGAUCGGAAAUGGGGAGAGGAAAGGUUCUAAAAAGUCAAGGAGAUGGGCGUGGAAUAUAUUAGGGUUUAUAUACAGGAGAAAUGGUGGUGGGAGCAAAGAUGAUGAAUAUGAACGAUAUAGCAGACCAAAUGGGAUUGAGAGAUCCUUCUCGGCUUCUUGGCAGGAUUUGAGAGGUGGGGUGAAUAAGAAGGCAUUCCGGAGUAAUAGUAGUGUGAGUCGUAGGUAUUCUUCAAGCUAUAUGGGGGGAUCAUUUGGGCAUGGAAGGAAAUCUAGUGUUGAGAUGAAUGGGAAUGUGAGCAAGAGGAAGGAGGAUUUUGGGUUGGAGAGGAAUCGGAGUGCUAGGUUUUCCCCUAAGCAUUUUGACAACGGUCUCUUGCGUUUUUACUUGACCCCCAUGAGUGGUAGUCGGCGAGGGAAAAGCAGCAACAGGCUAAACGGGACACAUUCGUUUGGGAGGAGCAUGCUUCGACUCUACUCAUGAGAUCCAAGUAGAUGUGUUGAUGGCCAUCUUAAGUUCAAGAACUCACUUGUGGAAAGAUUCUGAAGAACUCAGAGCAAUGAAACAGAAGCUGGAUAUCAUUAUGAUAUAUGAAGUCGGUUCGGUUCAUGCAUGCGCCUGCCCUGACCUUGUUAUUACCUAAAUUAGAAUCACCAUCUACUCUAAAUUGGACUGCUGGGUGUGCUUGGGAUGAGAUUUUGUAUUCCAUAUCCUUGUUCCAGCGUUAGGUUAUCAUUGGAUUAUCGCAUCCUAAAUUUAACAGGUCAUAGCUAGCAAAUUGUGAAGUCCAACUGUUAAACACAUUUUGCUGCAAUGUGGCAGUUGGAAUAUCAGGUGAAAUACAGUUUUGGAAUAGACUAUCUCAUCCCUUGGUAUCACAGCCAAGUGCCAAAGCUGCAACUAGGAUGGGGUACCUGUACAGAAGUUCUCAGAACUUUUCAUUCUUGAGACAUUCAUUAUAUCCUGUUUAUUUUAGGCAUGUCAUUUGUAGCACCUUUAACAUGUCUUCUGGUUUCAUGUUGAAUGGAUGCGUAUAUUGGAUUAUUCAUAGUUGCU